AUGCGUCCCGUUGCUGCAGGUAUUUUCAAGGCACUAGUGUUUAUUUUCUCCUCUCUGUGCGCCUGGUAUUCUGGGUACUUGCUUGCGGAGCUCAUUCCUGAGGUGCCCCUGUCCAACACCCUCUACAGUAUCCGGAGCAUUGGAGAGAGACCUGUCCUCAAAGCCCCAGCCCCCAAAAGGCAAAAAUGUGAUCACUGGGCCCCGUGUCCUCCUGACACUUAUGCCUACCGACUGCUCAGUGGUGGUGGCCGAGACAAGUAUGCCAAGAUCUGCUUUGAGGAUGAGCUGCUGUUAGGAGAGAAGACGGGGAACGUGGCAAGAGGGAUAAACAUUGCUGUCGUCAACUAUGAGACUGGGAAGGUGAUAGCAACAAAGUUCUUUGACAUGUAUGAAGGUGAUAACUCUGAGCCAAUGGCCAAGUUCAUUCAGAGCGCCCCUUCUAAGUCCCUGCUGUUCAUGGUGACCCAUGAUGAUGGGAGCUCCCGAUUGAAGGCCCAAGCAAAGGAUGUUAUAGAAGCUCUUGGAAGCAAAGAAAUCAAGAACAUGAAAUUCAGGUCAAGCUGGGUGUUUGUUGCAGCAAAGGGUUUUGAGCUCCCUUCAGAAAUCGAGAGAGAAAAAAUCAAUCACUCGGAUCAAUCCAAGAACAGAUACUCGGGCUGGCCAGCAGAGAUCCAGAUUGAAGGAUGCAUACCUAAAGGGCUGGGAUAG